AUGAGCUCACGGUCCUAUCGAUUGCAAGGUUUACGGCGCCCAGAUCUUCUGGUGACUCACACUUGGACCAAUCGAACGAAGAUUACCGGGGAGGCUACAGUGACCGAGAAAGCAGCUGAGAUAAGCCACACCACAGACACUGAGGCGACUCAGACAAUCACUGGUCCAUCUAAUCUCCCCAUCUUGAAUACUCGAGCAGAAGCGCAGCCACGAACUGCCCCAUCGCACCACCCUUCCUCGCCAGCGAAGUCUAUCCAUUCAGUUGUUUCAGUAGCAGUCAGUCUAGAUACUGUACAGACGCCUCCUUCCACACCUACGCCUCCUUCCACACCUACGCCUCCUUCCACACCUACGCCUCCUUCCACACCUACUUCCUCAUCCCACUCGAGUGAUGAGUUGUGGGCUCAAGUGGAGGACAUAUACUAG